AUGAACGAUGGCGCGGGCUGGCGGACUCCCAUUUUCAAUGAGGAGGGUCCAACCGACGAGGGCCGCGGGCAACGUGCCGCCGCAAAUGUGCUUGUGCCGCAGAUGAGUCACAGCCCCGAGGAAGAUGAAAACGCCGUUGUGCUGCGCCUGCGCAAGCUUGAGAAGAGUUACCCCAUUGAAGGUACGGACGACCGCGUGGUUGCGCUGCGCGACGUGAACCUCUGCGAGGGGUGUGGCAGGGACGGGUUUGGCCCGAUCCGCCGUGGCGAGUUUGUUAUGAUUCGUGGCCCCAGCGGCGGGGGCAAGACGACUUUGCUGAGCAUCAUAGGCACCAUCGACUUGCCGACCUCCGGCACCGUCGAGCUCAUGGGGACGGUGGUGAACAGCAGUACUCCCGACAGUGUGCUGGCCGACUUCCGCUUGCGCAAGAUUGGUUUUGUUUUUCAGACGUUUAAUUUGAUUUCUACGAUGACCGCGCUGGAAAACGUGGAGCUCCCCAUGACGCUGCGGGGCGUCUUGUCCAGGAGGGAGCGGCGACUGCGUGCCUCUCGGCUGCUGACCCUCGUGGGGCUGCGCAACCGCCUACACCACCUGCCCUCCGAGCUGAGUGGCGGGGAGCAGCAGCGGGUGACCAUCGCCCGCAGCCUCGCCAACAACCCGCAGCUGCUGCUCCUAGACGAGCCCACCGGGGACCUGGACACGCUGAACACGAUCCAGGUGAUGGACCUGCUGCUGCGCCUCAACCGCAUGACCAAGACGACGUGUAUCAUGGUCACACACAAUUCUGACGUCGAGUGCUACGCGGACCGUAUCCUGUACGUUGCGGAUAGCCGGUUUGUUAAGGAGGUGCGAAACAGCUGCCCGCAGCGUCUCGUGUACGACGCGUAUGUGAAGAGCCUUGAGAGGCGGGAGAACCAGAUGACCACCGUUUUGACCUCGGAGGAAGACGUACUUGAAAUCUCCGACUUGGGGGAAACCGCGUGA